UCAUAGCUAACUAAUGGUUAGAGGGGAGUGGCUAAACCAAUCCAUCCUACGAACAUCAUCAGAAGCAGAUGAUCCAACUCUGACUAAAGAUCGCCCAAAUAAACCUUUUUUUUCCCAGUGUGCGCUUGAAAAAUGUUAAUUUCAUGCAUGUUUUAAAAAUAAUAUCCCCUGUUCUCCAUGCAAAAUAUAUCAAAUCUCAUCCCUGCAACAUUAUUGCUACCAUUUUUAUGGUAGAUGUCGGUCAAAUCCAAGGUAUUUUUAGCUUGAUCAGUGUAAUUGAACAGGAUUAGUGUUUCUCCGAGACAUGCAGGUAAGUAGAGCAGUGGAUUCAUCUGUUGAUUUGCUGUGUGAAUGUGAUUGUUGGUCAGAUUGGUGUCAGUGUGUGAUGGCUCCUCCUCUUCCUCCUCUGUAUAUAAAACACACACUAACACAGCAGCAGCAGAUCAGAGGGCACAGACUGACGGAGGAUCAGGACCAUCAGCUCUUCUGCUCCUGGACAAAACACAAGUAAAGGAGCACACACUGACCGCACAACAGGGUGCAGGGUGGUGAAUAUCCAGCUUAAAGAAGAGACGUCAAUUCCUCAAACGCACAGACAUGACUGCGUGCAUAUUUCUACGCGGAGCCAAAAUUGACCGAGAGCUGGCGGAUGAUGAGAUUGAAGAGCUCCGCGAGGCCUUUAAUGAGUUUGAUAAAGAUAAAGAUGGUCUGAUCAGCUGUAAGGAUCUAGGGAACCUGAUGAGGACGAUGGGCUACAUGCCCACCGAGAUGGAGCUGAUCGAGCUGGGCCAGAACAUCAACAUGAACCUGGGAGGUCGUGUGGACUUCGAGGACUUUGUGGAGCUCAUGACCCCAAAGCUUUUGGCAGAAACCGCAGGAAUGAUCGGCGUGAAGGAGCUCAGAGACGCUUUCAAAGAGUUUGAUAUGGAUGGUGAUGGUGCAAUCACCACUGAAGAACUGCGCAGUGCGAUGAGUAAAUUACUGGGUGAACACAUGAACCGCAGAGAGAUCGACGCUGUUGUCCGAGAGGCAGACAAUAACGGUGACGGAACUGUAGAUUUUGAAGAAUUUGUGAAGAUGUUGUCAAGUGUGUGAAAGCGCCAUCUUGGAUGCUGAAGAUUCAUAAAACACAAAGGAAAAUAUUUAAAGCCAAACCAGUGCACAGCAUAUGCGUAUAUGCAAAUAUAAUAGCAAUCUACAUAAACAAAAAUCCAGACAACUAUGCAAAAAAAAGGAAGUGUGUUAACUCUGGAUUUCAAUGUAAUGCAGAUAUUGAUCUGAAAUCUGAAUGUGCAAAAUUUCUUU